AAGAGAAUCCAAAUCGAUCCGUUUUCAAUCCAAAGGAGUUAAAGAUGGCGUCUGCUGGCUUCAAGCAGGAGAUGCCUCCUGAGGGAGGUUAUUCUCCCUUUAAUGUUAAGCGUGUUCCGGCAAGAACCUUAUUAUCAGGCUACAAGAUAUUCGCCGGCUAUGGACUCAUCUCUGCAUUCUCUAUGUAUAUGUACGCGCAGGGGUACAGCAGGAUGAAGCGUCUGGAGUUGGAGCAGUACGACGGUGACAUAGCCCUCGAGCCCCUCCUGAGGGCCGAAAAAGAUAGACUGUACCUGAAGCAGCUCAAGAAGAACUUUGAGGAGGAGAAGAGAGUGAUGAAGAAUGUCCCCGGCUGGAAGGUGGGGACAUACUACGGGGAGCCCCUCUACAAGACCAUGUCACCCAACUACCACGUGGAUCCCCCCAUGGAGGAGUACUAUGCACACACCGACCCCAAGAAGUCCGACUAUGCCUGGUUCUACUGGUACAACCACUUCUGAUUGGACGGGCAGUGAAUGACUUCUUCGGAUUGUUUCCUCAUCCGGCUUUGUGGCAGAACAGUGCAGUUUGUAGGUGCAGUAAAUAAACCUUUGUUUUUCUUUACAAAAACGUG